AUGAGAUUGUCCACAGCAUUACCACCUUUACUUGCCUUCGGGGCUAUUGCAAAGACACAUGUUCCAGCUGUGCGCCUAAUGGAUGGGGGUCUUGCUAAGAGGCAGCUCUUGGAAGGAAAGAUUUGCAGGUUUUUUGACCAAAAAUGUGAGUAUCUAUCUUCAAUCCUUUUGUAAUGCUAACUAAGUGAAGCGCUACUUGUAAACGACGAUCUGCUGUACAUCGAUUAUUCGUACAUGAGUAUGGUAGCGGAUUACGAUCGCCUCAUUCAGAGGGCUUACCUAAGUUCGCAUCUAGCUUAUCAUUUUUCUUACCCUUAGAAGAGUAUAACUGAUGAAGCGCAUAGUCCAGCCAUUCUACUACCAUUUAUCCAAACCAGAGGGGAAUCUCGAACAGCUAUCUACGGGAGGUAAUGAGCCCGCUUUAUCUCGGCUAACGGGGCACGAGAACCCAAACGAAAUAUUCAAAGUCCCACCCAUUCUAGGGGGCGCACUCUACUUUAGUGGCAAACCGAAAAGCAAAAUAGUCAAGUGAAAACCAACCUUACUCUGCGGCCCCUAAGAAAUGCUGCUAACAAAACCCCAGGUACGGUGGCCGUUAUAGUGACAACCGCGUCUUCAACCGCAGCCGCAGCGUUGGCAAGAAUGAGUGGUGGGCGCUAGAUAACGACUCCGGGGACUGGGCCACUAUUGCACCAAAAGGUCCUAAGGGCCUCCUCCGUGCAGAUGCUAUGGCUUCGGUAAACGUACCAGCCCAAGGACUUGCCUUUUCUAUCGGCGGUUUUGUCAACAACUGGACAGACUCGAGGGUUAAAAGAUGGAACAUCACCGACGGAAGAAGUUUCGCACUGAAGAGUAUGCUGAUAUACAAUACCCGCAAGCACGAAGUCAAGAAUGUGACCAUUUCAACACUACCGGCGCAAUGGGGAGGUGUUGUUGAGUAUGUUCCAAUUGGGAAGAAGGGGGUGUUGGUGCUUAUUGGGGGAUUCGAGUCAGAGAAGGCCAUUAUUGGAACGAGUGGUAAUAAGCUGGUUUGUGCUUUGAUCACCUAGGGCUCAUACCGGUGCUUACCUUUCGCAGAAAGAUAUAAAAAUAAUCCACCUCUAUGACAUUCAUGCCAAGAAGUGGCACACCCAGAUCGCCCAAGGAUCAAUUCCCAAUAACAGAGCUUUCGCCUGCGCCUCUGUUGCCUCUGCUCCGUUAUCUCCCCUCCAUUCUCCAGCCCCCCACCUUCCCAUGCCCUUAAAAUUGCUAACAUCCCCUUAGCGACAACUCCUCCCACAACAUUUUCGUCCAUGGCGGUACAGACGGCGGCAGCCUCAGCUAUAGCGAUACAUACGUCCUCUCUCUCCCCUCAUUCGAAUGGAUCGAAGCCGACCCAGGCCGUAGCACGCAAAGCCGUAUGCGACACGACUGCCACAUGACUACCAGGCACAAAAUGCUUGUAAUCGGUGGCCGCGGUCAAGACCAAGCAAUACCCACCAGGUCAUCCAGGAAAAACGGUGUGUGCGACAAGUACGCUGUGAUUAAUGUGUUCGAUACGAACACCAUGAGCUGGCAGGAUUCCUGGGAUCCGAACGACGGGAGCACUAAUUUUAAACUUAGUAAAGUGAUCACGACAGUCAUUGGGGGGAAGUAUGUAUUACCUUUGCCUUCAUUUUUUUACUCCCCUACGCCCACCCCACCCCAUCUUUUCUCCCCUCCGUCUUGUUCUUGCCGGCGAACUAGUUUGUAUGAUUGACUGACUGGGGUGAGUGGCGAAGUGAAAAUGGUGGCGCGACAGUCAGAAAACCCAGUAUUGGAUGGGGGAAUGAUGCUGUUAAGAAGUUAUUCGAGGACGGCACGCCCCCGGAUGGCACCAGGGGUUCCAAGGCGAAACCGACUACUACCCAAGGAGCAGACGGUGAUAGAGGCGUUAACCAUGCAGUGAGAGGAAAGGUGGGAACAGUAGAGUUGAUUUCAAUGGUUGUUAUUGCUGCUGCGAUUGUAGCUUAAAUAGACGAGAUGAUGGCGAAUUACCAGAUUAAUUGCUAUCUGGAUUUAGUAUCUAAUUAUGACUUUUCCCCU